AUGAAGCCAGAGAUGGGGUACAACACGAUCACCCGAGAUGACCUGUCCAAGGAACCAAACAGGGAGAAAGUUGAUCAAUCUAUGCUCCAUCAGCCGACUUUGGUUCGAUGGUUCAUUGAUACCAGACGUUGGGAGAACAAAGGCUUUGAUCUUCCCUUGGUCCAAACUCUGACCCCGUCUGACCAAACAGCUGUCAAAAAGUACUUCCACACUUCAGACAAGCGCAUGUCCCUGGCUUCCCAGCUCUUGAAAUACUAUUUUGUUCAUCAAGCUACUGGUGCUCGCUGGGAUGAUAUCGAGAUAAAGCGCACUCCUGAUCCUGAAAGACGCCCGUUUUACGAUUCAACUGUUGAUUUCAAUGUCAGUCACCAGGCUGGUAUUACUGUGCUGGCAGGCACGCGCGCCGGAAACAGUGUUGAAGCUGAAAGCAAAGCGCCUCCUCGUGUCGGUAUUGACAUUGCUUGUGUGGAUGAACCCUCUCGUCGGCGCAACGAUCGGCCUCCGAAAACUCUUGCCGAUUUGACAACUUUCGUGGAGGUCUUCAGUGAGGUCCUCUCGCCUAAUGAACUUCACACCAUCAAGAAUCCUCUUGAGACCCUUCGAAUGGCUUACCAACGUAAUCUGACGGAUAUUGAUCCGAGUAAAAUUGAUGAAGAAGUCCUUGCUCGCUACGGCCUUAGGCUGUUCUACUCGAUCUGGGCUCUGAAAGAGGCGUACUUGAAAAUGACCGGAGACGGCCUCAUAGCCCCCUGGAUCAAAGAUCUUGAGUUCUCCAAUGUCAUUCCCCCAGGCUAUGUUUCAUCGCGCGCAUCUGAAGGGUCCUCGACCGGCUUGCAUGGGCCUGAGCCGUCUGCCAACCCUGCCUUUGCCAUUGCACGCUCCGUGCGUCACUGGGGCUCACCCUAUACUGAUAUAAAAGUCACCUUGAAUGGUGAUCCGGUUGAACACGUGCGCCUCCAGCUCAUCUCCUUUGAGGAAGACUACUUGGUUGCCACCGCUGCCUCCGGCUCUCAUGUCGGAACUGUGUCUAGUGAAAUAACCAACUGGGACAAUCAUCACCUGCCUGGAUUCAUCAUGUUCCGCGAUUCCACACAAGAAUUGAAGAAAAUUCGCAUCGCACCCAUCGCAGGCCGAGAAAUUGGGGACCGAGACCCCUGGCGCGCGCAAUCGGCUAUCAGUGACCCCUGGCUGCCCAUUCAAGAAGUUGACAUUGAUAUUGACAUCCGACCCUGUGCCGAGGGGCGCUGCAAGCACCCGCAGAAUCCCCACUUCAUCUUUGCGUAUGUUGGUUCCCAACCCACCAACUGGAUCCAGUCCGAUGGCCUGGGCCAACAGCUGACUCCGUUUCUUUCCAUAGCGACAUCGAUUUUCAGGCUGCUGGCAUCACUUCUCUUGAAAUUUGAAUCCUUAUCUGCUAGAAACCCAUCCCUCGAAUCUCUCGCAAUUGCAUAUCAUCUUCAUCCUCUCUUUCGUAUCUGA